AUGAUACAAAGAACAAAUAUUAAGAUCAAAAGCGAAAGCUCCUACGCACACUUCUUGGUGUGCUGCGAGGCACCCCCUUACAAUAAUGCACAUGGAUCAGUUGAGCUGAAAAUUGGGAGAAAUAACGUUUAUGUCAGAUGCAAGAACGGACAAAUUCUUGCUCAUAUAACAACUACCGGUGCAGAUGGUGAAGUGCUUGAAAAAGCUAAUGUUUUUGGGAAGGGAAAAUGUACGAAUGUCAUUGUGUUCGAUGUCCCAAGGGAAAUCGAAACAGGAAAAAUUACUGCAUACAAUGAACGCGUGCCGUCUACAAAUCCUGAUCCCCGUUUUGUUCUCAUUGCUCAAAGUGGGGCCACGGAACGCGUGCUUGUCCAUGAGAAGCACCGCGAUGGCGGUACUGUGCUCUUCCGCACGGAAGUUCAGAAUUUCCCCACAGCCCCGCGCUUUGAUGAUGUGGGGGAAGUCUCACACCUGCAGAGGUCAACAGUGAUGGCCCCUGCAAAGGAAGCCAUGGCACCGGCCAGAGUACCAGCACCAACAGGAGUUAGAGCUCCGUCAUCUCAAGCACCAGCUGCAGCACCAGCCCUAGCACCAUAUCCUGCACCAUCUUCUGCACCAGCUGCAGCACUAAUCCCAGCACCAUCUGCACCAGCCUUAGCAUCAGUUACAGCACCAGUUGCAGCUCAGCCCUCACUGCAGCAAGACAUACAAGAGUCCAACGGAGAAAUAAAGGAUCUGCUACAAAUGCCACUUCGGCAGGAGGAGCAGAUGACGAUCGUUGAUGCAACAACAAUUGGUUAA